GACAGAAGAGAAAAAAAAGGGAAAGAGUGAAAAAAAGAACAGUAAGGUGUAGGGGGAGGGGCAAAUAAAGGUAAUGACGUUGUUUCCAUUGUCAAGAGUCGCCAGGUAAAACCCAAUUCUAUUGCUUAACUCCACUGUUAAGGGUUCAGCUCGGUUGCUUUGUACUCAGAGUUCAAUCUAUUCUUUCUGCUCGGUUGCUGCUUCUGUCUUCCUUCCUUUUGUUCAAUUUGCUUGCUUGCAAAUUCCACACUUCUGUUACCGAUUCUCUUGAUUGUACGGUUGUAGUAGAAAGCCCUUCGGGGAGCACCCUAGUUUCUGAGUUCAGGAAUUGGAGUUUGAUGGCUAAAAAUCUUCCUUUUUCCUGGUAUAUUUCUUCUGAAUCAGAUUUUCACACUGGCGACUUCAAAAUCUUCCCAUGACUAGUCUAUAGACUUCAUAACCCUUUCUGUCUUAAUGGGCAUCCUGAAAAUUAGCCAGCAAGAUGUUGGUGGCUUUUGUAAACACAUUUCUAACUUAAAUGGUAAAGACAUGAAGGUGGAAAAGAACACAGUCCUGGAUGUGGACUCAGAGGAUGAUCAUGAGCUGGCAGAAGUAGGUUGUGAGCUCGGCAUGGUGGAAGGGCAGAUGUGCAACAUACCAUAUGAACUGUAUGAUUUGCCAGAUUUGAGGGAAAUAUUAUCUAUGGAGACAUGGAAUUCAUGUUUAACAGAGGAAGAAAGGUUUUUUCUCUCAGCUUACCUCCCAGAUGUGGACCAGCAGACUUUUUGGCUGACCAUGAAGGAGCUUCUUGGUGGUAGUGAUAUGUAUUUUGGCAAUCCUGUAGAUACAUUUUUCAAGAGAUUGAAAGGUGGAUUUUAUCCUCCAAAGGUGGCUUGCUUCAGACAAUGUUUGCAAUUUAUGCAGAGGACAAAGUAUUAUCAUUCUUUAAGAUCUUACCAUGACAAAAUGGUGGCAAUGUUCAAAGACAUGAGCAAGCAAUGGAGUCAGUGUGAAAUGAGCAUUGGUGUUCACGGAAGAAUUCAUACAUGGAGAACUAGGAGGAAACAUGGGGGCAACAAUUUGCUUGAUCUGAAUACAGUUCCUGAAGAUAGUGAUUUGUUAGGUGAUGAGACUAACAGUAUUAUACCCGAGCACCAUUUAUCGAAGAAAAUGAAGCUUGUAAGUAGUAACCCAGCUAACAAUAACUUUCUAUCUCUAUCUACUGAAAGGUUGAAAAUUGUUACUCCAAACUGUAAUGCAAAGGGGUUUCUGAAGUUAAAGGCAUCUCGUAAAAGUUUACUACAAAAUCACAAUCCAAAAGUAACUGCUGCUGACACAUCUGAAAAAUAUCGAUCUGAGCCGAAAGGUGUGCUGAAAGUAGUACCAAGAGUUCCUUCCAUCCCAUUAGAGCAUUCAAAAGUGAUGCCAAGACAACUACAACCAAUCUCUUGUUUACCAACAUCUGCAUCCUUCAGGGAGGCAGGUGCUCUAGGCGAACUCCCUUUUCUGCAGCAUAGGGUUGGUGAUGGUGAAGUUCAUAUGACUAAGAAGGAGCCUUGGUGUGUACUGAAUCAGCAAGAAAGUGCUGCAGGAAUCAGUAGAUUUUCAGAGAGUUCUACUUCGGCAAGGAUGGUAAGGAGGGAAAUGGAUACAUCAUUAGAUGACACUGUUGAUUUAGUUGAACAGAAGCUAUCCAGAAGCAAUGUGGGAAGGAGUGUUAACGUUGAAUCCGAGUCCUUAAUGGAUACAAUGGGUCCUAAGAGGUAUUAUUUUGGUGGAACGGGAAGUAAAGGAAUUCAUGAGAGUUCCUUGGCAAAAUUUCCUUUUAAAAUUCAGUGCUAUGAGGGAAUGUGCCAGAUAAAACCAAUGCAACAAGAGUAUAUUACCGUAAAUCCAAGCAUUCCGAACAUGGUCCCAAGGGUUCCAGAUGUAGGCAUCAGUAAGCAGGAAACAGAAGUGCGGUCUUCAGAUCAAAUUAAUUGCCAGAUGGAUGUGAGUGUCAAAAAUUCAGAGGGGCUUAAAAAUGAACCUGUGUUUCCUUUGACAUACAAGCGAAGGAAAGCUCAAGUCAAGCAUAAGCCAUUUGAUUUCGGGAAGCCACUAACAGCAGGACCUGAUUUAAACUCUGCAAGCUCAAAAUAGUGUCAGUGUUAGAGGGAGAGUGCAAUACGGUGGAAAGAUACACUCUCCCGGAAAAGAGAGCUUGAAGAAACUUCUUGGGUUAAAGUAGAAUGUCAAACUUCAUCUAUGGUUUUGAUAGAACAUUUCAUGUAUUAUAUCCAUCAUAUGUAAAUCAAUGUAUAUCGGUAAAAGAAAAAGCCAUCUUAAGGGCAAUCAUAUUAUUCAACAAUAA